UCUUGUCUUUGUCCAUCUCUCUCUUUCUUCUCAUUUCCUCACAUCUUCCUCUCUCUCCAAAAAAAAAUCAAAGCAAUCCAACAAAAGAAAAAAGAUCUCAUCAUUACAAGUUUCUUUUCUCCAUUAUAUUUACACACACACUUCUCCUCCCUUUUAAUCAUAUAGCCCACACCAAGAGAGGAAAACAUUAAAAAACCACCAAAAACUCCCUCAGAUUCACCAAAAUGGAUAUUGCUAGUAAUAACAAAGCAAUAAAGCUAAAAGUUAGGGACCAACUUCUUCAAGGCCACGAGAUGACCACUAAGGUUCAGCAACUCCUCUCUCAAGACGGGUCGGAUUUGGGUCCAGCGAAGGAUCUCGUGGAGAAAAUAUUGGGGUCUUUCAAUGACAUAAUCUCUGCUCUUGAUUCCUUCGAACCCAUCUCCCCGUCUGCUCUAGUCACAGCCGUCGAAGGCUCUCAAAAUGCUUCCUGCGACAACGACGGCAAGCUUGAGGAUUCUGGCGAUAGUCAUAAAAAAUUGGGACCAGUUAAGGGUAAAAGAGGAUGCUACAAGAGAAAAAGUUACUUUAGGUGCACACACAAAUACACUCAAGGGUGCAAGGCAACAAAGCAAGUGCAGAAGCUAGAGUCUGAGCCCAGGAUGUUCAGCAUCACAUACAUCGGAAACCACACGUGUAAUACCAACGAAGUAACACCCAAAAUCAAGCCUUGUAUUCAUCACGAUGAGAUCAUCACGGAUUCUGAAGAGAUCCAGAGUCCUAGUUUGAUGACCUCGAUGAAGGAAGAGGAAGAAAAUCACCAUCAUGGUUCGUCAACGGAGAGUGACUUGCAAUUGGUGUGGCAGGAAAUGUUGGUCUUUGAAGAGGAACACCAUCAUCAUCAUGAGGCUGUUUACGGUUGUGGUGAAACUAGUACAUCUAUCAAUGGUUUGGAUUCCGCGGAUCUGUGGAGUUGGCAGCAGUUUUCGGUUUAGCCAAAAUGAGCAGCUCUCUUAUUUCAAAAGAUGUUCGAAUCUAGCUUGAUUUUUACAUUAUUAUAGAAUGGAAAAUCUAUAUUUUGUCAUCUUAUUUAGAGAAUUAAUCAUCCGGCUAAUAGAAUGGAACAUACAUAUAUAAGGUUAUCUUAAAUGAGCCUAUUGUACAUAUGUUAGAAUAUUGUAAUGAUACUCUUGUUGGAUUAAGUAUAAAGUCUCUUCUCUUA